AUGUCUUUUUACUGCAGGUUCUCGAAGAGGCAAGCCAGAGCUCCGGAGAUCAUGAACGAGGUCAGCUCGUACCGCGACCCGCUCAUGUACAACGAGUGGCCGGUCUACACGGCCCUGCCUCGCGCUGCGCCGAGGUUCCGAUACCAGUACCCGACGAUGCCCCGCGAGGCGUACGGCCGCGUCGUGACCAAGGCCCCGCCGAACGUCGUGCGCACUCCGGACUACGAUGAGAUGUUUGGCAUGCUGAACGUGCCUCACACCUCUGGCAAGAUCCUCAGGUACCCCGGACCCUCGCGGCCUCGAGGCGGGCCCACCUUCAUGGUUCCUCCUCAACGAGACAGAUUCGAAGCCCUGAAGAAGCUGAUCCGACAGGAGCACGUGCGUGAGCUGCAGAGGAAGUACGAGACUGAACAGAAGCAGGAGCUCAAGGAGAUCACGGCUGGGCGCGGAGGUGACGACUAUGCGUACGGCAACUACGGCGAGCAGGAGCCCCGCGGGCUGCAGUCUCUUCAAGUGGAGUACCCGGCAGACGAGCCCAACGCCAGGCAGCAUAACAAGAAGCCCCAAGCUGGAAGCCGCCAAGUCUCCCAGUUCUCUCGCUAUUCUGACGUCAUGCUGCCGCCAGUCCGCCGCACCUUCUACCACCCCUACUAUGACUACAUCACCCCCGACUUCGUCCCCUACUACUGAACCCCUCUCAUCCCCUAGAGGAACCCUUCUGGAAUCAGGGACUCUCCCAAUCAACAAGAAAGCAUAUCGGUACCAUAUCCCCGCUUCUGCUUACGAGUCGUCGAGCCGCGAGCUUUUUUCUAUAACGGCAAUAUGUAUUUUUAUAUUUGUAAAACCAAUUUUUUCUAUGUAGAUAUUCGAUAUACCCCCUUGAAUUUUUCUAGUAUGUAAAUUAAUCUUUCUUGAGACAAUAAUCGUAUACAAUUCGAGCAAUUAUGACAUGAACUGUCAAUUCCAGAUAAAUGUUAACGAAUUUGACAAUAAAUUUGACAAAAUUGGACAAUAAAAUACGGUGUAUUACCAUUUGAUGUUUGUAGUGAUAAGGUGUAAAAUGAUUAUACCGUGGUAACGGGUUUUAGGAUUUAAAAUGGCGGUUUAUAAUCCGCUGUCAGCUUCUUUCUUCUGAAGUUUUCGACGUAAGCGCAAAUAUAUUUAAAAUUAAUCAUUCUCCUGGAUAGUUCUUUUAUAAAUCUCUGAGGUGUCGUCCUAGAACGAGCUCCAACCUAUCACUUCUUGUAGAUAUAUAAUUUAAGUGAUUAUUGUUAAGUUUAUUAAUAAAUGUCAUACGUAUAUAAUUUGUGUACUUAAUUUUAAUGCUAUUAUUAGAAAACUUUGGCACGAUAGAUAGAUGUUCUUGGUUAAAAAUAAAGUGUGGGAAUUACCGCCCUCUAUCGGGCGAUUGUCUACAACUGACGGGUGAAGUGACGUCAUAUGACCGUCUAUUAUCGUGCUGUGGUAUUCGGUUCCCUUUGAAGUAGUGUCAAAGUGACAAUAAUGUUUCUAACUGCAGUAAACUGUAGUUUUUCAUCGAUAUACAUAAUUAUCGUUGUGAUUAGCUGCUAAGUUACCAUUACUGACUGUUACUCUUAUUCCAACGGCCAACGGGACGGCUUAGUCGAUUUCGGCGGUGCAAGGUUUUUCGGGUCUCAAUCAAAAACAUAAAGUUGAGCUCGCACAACCGAAUUCCGACGGAAAAAUGCUUUAACUAUGUUUAAAUGUUUCACGUUUAUUGUAUUAGAAUAAUUAUUAAGCGUAAAAACGCAGCUUAUACUCAUAUUCUAUUGGAUUAUAGUCGUAGGUGUGAACACAGCCUAACUCGGGAAGACUUAGUGCUGCCACUAGGAAAAAAUAAAAAAAAUACCACGAUAAAAACAGUUGAAUACGUAGCAAAGAAUAUCACAGAAUUUAAUAAAAAUAACAACUUAUAAUAAUAAUGUGUGUUAGCAUUAAUGUGGUGAUAAUCUUUUUAUCAGUUAAUGUGAUCAGAUUCUUCAAUUUUAAAUUACUUUUUCCAAAAGAUAACAAAAGUAAUAGAACAGAUCAAAAAGUGGCGUUGCACUGAAGGGAAGGUUGUUAUUCUAAGAAAGUUGUUACCUAUUUGUGUACUAUAUUUAUUAUUGUAACUAAUCAACUAUCGACUAAAUAUCGACAAGAUGGGUCGACAUAACCUCACAGACUAUGAAAUUUGGCUUUAAAAUUAUAUUACACAUUAUAUGGCUUUAAGCAAGUCAAUGAAUUCAGUAAACUUCUAUUUAUUAAAGGACGCGAGUCCCAUCCUAUAUGUUACGAUU